ACAAGAACAACGGAAUGUUGCCGAGCUGGAGCGGGAAACGCCAGAGGCCUGAGCAGGUAACGCUGGUAGCUCAGGACCAAAAACAAAUACCAGCGACAGGGGAACAAUUAAGUUGUGACGGAUUCCAAAUAUUUGCCACAGUAAAAAUCGGACCAGUAAAAGCAAAAGGAACAGUGGACACAGGAGCUCCACGAAGUGUGAUCAGCAAGAGAAGAUACAUUGAGAAAAUAUGGAAAAUGGAGGAAGGGAAGGACAGAAAUAACAUUAGCGAACGGAUCAAAGCAAAGAUCGGAUGGAGACUUUACAACCAACAUACAGUUCGCAGGAGAAGAAUUCGAGUUGGACUUCCUCAUCUUAAAUCAGGUGACAGGAGGAAUAUUAUUAGGAAUAGACUUUCUGGCCAAAACACGCACAAGAAUCCAAUGCGGCAACCUGGAAUUAGAUAUCACCGAGGCAGAGACAACACAAGGAGAAAUAGAACCCGAGCAGAGCACAGACGAUACGAAACCGACGGAGGAGGAAAUCAGCAAAUUUCUGGAACAACAAAGAAAACAACAACAUGAACAAAUUCGACGUCACAAAGAAGAAGUUCCGGGAGAGCAGCACACGGCUGCAGCAAGAAAGGCGAACGGCGAGGUUGAUACCGGCGAGACCAGCAGGGGCGGGCAUACGGGUCAGGACAGCACCG